GGAGUGUGCGGGACAGAUCCCCCGCCGCAGCGAUGGAGCCCCGGUGCCCGUCCUGGCUGCAGCUCUGCCCCCGGCCGUGCCGCCUCCUGCUGCAGGCUCUGUCCUCGGGCCCCGCCGGGGCGAUGGCCGCGCUGCGGGUGCUGCAGCGGGGCCAGCCCCACGAGGGGCCGGGCCAGCCGUUCUCCUGGCAGGCUCUCACCGCAGCCCUGUGCGCCCAGGAGCCCUGCCUGGAGGGGCCAGAGGACAGCCUGGCUCUCAAGCCACGGCUGCUGCUGCUGCCCGUUCUGUGCCAGAGAAACCUCCUCUCCCUGCUCCUCGUGGUGCAGGAUGCAGUGCCACGGGACUGCCUUGAGCAGCUGCUCCAGGCCCUGGAGCAGGAUUCCCAUGUGGAUCCCUGGGUGCAGACGCUGGGGGAUCUGCUCCGGCGGGGACUGAAGGCAGAGGAGAGCUCCCCAUGUCCCCCUGCCCUGUCUUCUGCGUGCCAGCAGCAGCUUAAGGGCCUGUGCCAGAAAAUUGCCCAGAAGAAACCAGAGGGGCAAAGAAAAUUGAACUGGUGCUUCAGCAAGCAGCCUGGUGCCCCUGACUAUGUGCCUCAAGGUGGGAAGCGUAAGGAAGUGCCAGAGGAGAACCUGGAGUUGGACAAUGAGAGAGAGGGGAAGAGGUUGUUGCUGGAGGAGGCGGCAUUUGAGCCCCUGGGGCCCCAGGAAUGUGGAGAUGAGGCAGGGGUGGAAGAGGAGGUGCCUGAGGAGCCUUCAGGGGAUGCAUCUGCUCAGAGCACAGAUAAAGCUGCUCGGGACAGCUCCCAGCAGGAUGCAGCUGGGGAGCUCAGGAAGAUUUCCCAGACAGAGCUGGCAGCCGAGGUCCAAUCCUUUGUCCAGAUGCAUGGACAGGGGCUGAAAAUGCUGCUGCUGCAGGAGUCCAGCCACUCCGAGCUGCACACCCUGCCCAAGCUGAGCAUCCUGAACAACUGCUCCCCCAGCCAGCUCGAGGGGCUGUGCUCCUUCCUCCAGCUCUCCACGUGCCCAGAGCCCUUCCUGCUGCGUUUCUGCAGCUGGCUGCUGGCUCUGAGCCCUGACCUCAGCUACACCAGCGCAGCCAUCCUGGCAGAGCAGCUCUUCCUCAGGCGAGUCCUGUCCCUCACCCAGCCGCCUUCCCGACACCUCAUGGCUGCCCUGACUUCGUUUUGCUCCAAAUAUUCCCAUCCCUUCUGCCGUGUGCUGGUGGCUGCGGUGCUGCAGGGGCCAGGGGAAGGUGCUGAGCAGACCAAGCUGCUGUGCGAGCUCGUGGAGGAGUGCCUGGAGCCACACGCUGUGCAGCUGGUGCUGAGCCAAGUCCUGGAGGUGCCUUUGUCAGAGAAACUCCUGCCAGUGCUGCAGGCCGUGCUGGGGCGGCAGGAGGUGCUGCCCCCGGAGCUCUUGGAUCUCCUGGUCCUGACCCUGUGCCAGCAGGCUCCAGCCUUCGCCACCUCGCUCAGCUUCGCCAAGCUGGUGACGGCCGUGCUGACGGCGUGUCAGAGCCAGGUCAGCCCAGCUCACCGGAGCAGCCUGGCUGCCGUGCUGGAGAGGAGCAGUGCAGCUCUGAAGAAAUCGCUGCAGGCGGUGCUGGAAGGGGCCAGGUGACAGCCAAAAGGAAUCGUGAGGGGUCAGCUUCCUUGUGUGGAGGACACUCAUUGCACAGCAGCAGCCACAGCCACCCCUCCCUGGCUUCUCCCUGCUCAGGUGGGACCCUGCGAGUGGGGUCUGUUCCCCCAGAGUGCCCAGGGCUGCCCCUGGUCUGAGGGGCUCUUGCUGAGCAGUGCCAUCCCAGCCCCCCCACACUCCCGGGGGCUCAGAGGGGUUUUGGUUGAACAAUUCAGGUUUUUCAGGUGUUUCUGUGUGUGUUCUGCCUCGGGCCUGCCACACUCUGCAAGGUGACCUGGCCCUCCUGUGCUGGGGCAGGGCUGUGGGGGCCAGGCAGGACACAGCCCACGGAGAACUUCCAGGCCCUGGGUUCUUACUGCCCAAAACCCAUCACUGAGCCAGCACAGACAUUGGAUUGAGGCUGCACGAAGUUGAUAAUUCUGGAUUUAGCUCACUAUCUUGAGCUGGGCUGCUGUUUGUAUAUCUGAUCUGCUGGGAUUUACAGACCUCUGGCUGCAGCAGAGUGGGAUUUUACUGAAUUCCAGCUGAAUUUAGCUGGGAAAUUUGAGUGUUCUGCUUUAAAUCCACCUUUCUAUCCUGUUUGCCUGGCCCGUGAGGGGCCCUGCUGACACAUUUCUGGUGAUGAUGACCCUACUCAUUGCCCUAAUAGAAAAUCUUGUGUGGCAUGACUCUGCUCAAAGUUCUGUCCUGUAUUCUUGAAAAUACCCACUGGAAACCUCAUCUAGGCACCUCCUGGUCUGAGAACUGAGAAGAAAAGGCUGGGACAGAGUGGAGACUCAGGCACGUAGAGCUAGGGUUUCAGUGGAGGUUUUGAAUCAUUGCAUUCAGGAGCUUCAGAAACUAUUUAAAAAUCCAUAAACAUCUACAAAGGGAGAAGGAGAAUUAAAACUUGCAGGUGUGACGUGUGACUGCUCCAGGUUUGCACAAUAAUGUUUAUAUCCCAACCAGAGGAAGGAAACUCUGAAGCAUUAGGUGACACUCUUAAGGCUGAGAGCCAGAUUUCUUUAUAUAAGAAUCCCUUAAGCUAUUUUAGGUGACAGGGGACUGAUGAGGCUUCAAAGUCCUCAUUAGCUGCAGGAUAGAAACCUCCAGGGAGCCAGAUUGUUGAUGUGUUUGCAUUCCAGUGAGUUAGUGGCUGAGUAAAGUGAAGCUAUUGUAGGGCUGCCCAAAAUACGACAUAAAUAGAAAUUGUGCCAUGAUCAUCAAGGUCUAAGCCCUGCUCUUCUGGCUUUAUUAGGUAGCAGGCUCUGAUCUUUGCAGUUUCCCUGCAGAGCUUCUACCAAGUGACCUCGGUGUCAUUGUCCCCAGUGCUCUGUCUGGCUGUGGCUGUUGGUCACAUGGAGGUGACCAGUGGCUUGUGGCAAGUCCCUCUUGGUCCUGUUUUUGCUCUUGGCUGCAGCUCCUCGUGUGCUGUGGGUUCCUCUGAGGUGUACAUGCAGAUAACAAUCCUGUAAGGAGAGCUGGGAGCACACCCUGGGGACACUGCACAUGCUGGUGGAACACUUUAUAUGGAGGUUGGCAGCACAGAAAACUUCACUUUUGACUCCUCUUGACCCUUUAAGAGCUUAAAAAUCCAUCCUGAACAGUGCAGAGAGGUGGAUGCAGCAUAAAACAUCAGUCAGAUUUUAUAGUUCAGCAGAACCUUGGCCAAGGGUGGCAGGAGUUCCAGGACUGGCUUUGUCCUUGUCCUGGUUUAAGAGUGGUGAUGGUGAAGGGAAUGGUCUGAAGCUUUGUCUGAGACCUUUCCUAGGUGAUUUUCAUCCAGUUUACUUGUGAUAAUUGGCAGUGGUUCCUUACCUGCUUCCUCUUCUGUCUGUAGAGUUUUACUUCACAUUACAGAGGGGAAUUCCCUUUUUGGCCUAGUAGUUCUUGGGUUUUUUUAGAGGAAAUUCUUCAUAUGCAGUUGCAUGGGUUGUCUGUCCACUCUGCUGCCUCCACACCCUCCACAGGGAUUUUUGAACCAGUUUCAUGACAAGAUGAUUCCUCAACUGCCCCAGUGCCUUCGUGGGGCUGUGGUCAGGCAGCAGUGAACCUUUGGGGUGAGCAGGCUUGUUAAACACCAGACAUCUGAGCCAUGCUGGGGCCUUGGGCCAUGCAGCACCUUGUUGGAAAGGGCUGAAACUCAGUGAUUUUCCUGAAAAUGCCCUGUCUCCAUCCCCCAAGGGCUGCCCUUCUCCAAACAGGAGCUCCAGGUUGUUGCUGUUUCCCCUCCUGCAGCAGUGCCAGGGGUCACCCCACUUCUCCCUGGAGGUAACUGCAUGUCCAGUGACAGCCUGCUAAUCUCAUGUGUAAUCCCCAACGUGCUGAUGCAAUUCUACCUGGAAACCUGGGGGCUGUGACACCCAAAUGUGAGGCUGAACUGCUCUGGGGGAGGCUCAGCAAUAUUUAUUUUUUUCACUUGGGAUUUAAAACUGAAUAAAAAGGAAGAGCAGUUUUC